AUGCUACCUUUAUAUCUUUUAACAAAUGCGAAGGGACAACAAAUGCAAAUAGAAUUGAAAAACGGUGAAAUUAUACAAGGGAUAUUGACCAACGUAGAUAACUGGAUGAACCUUACUUUAUCUAAUGUAACCGAAUAUAGUGAAGAAAGCGCAAUUAAUUCAGAAGACAAUGCUGAGAGCAGUAAAGCCGUAAAAUUGAACGAAAUUUAUAUUAGAGGGACUUUUAUCAAGUUUAUCAAAUUGCAAGAUAAUAUAAUUGACAAGGUCAAGCAGCAAAUUAACUCCAACAAUAACUCUAAUAGUAACGGCCCUGGGCAUAAAAGAUACUACAACAAUAGGGAUUCAAACAACAAUAGAGGUAACUACAACAGAAGAAAUAAUAAUAACGGCAACAGCAACCGCCGUCCAUACUCUCAAAACCGUCAAUACAACAACAGCAACAGCAGUAACAUUAACAACAGUAUCAACAGUAUCAAUAGCAACAACCAAAAUAUGAACAAUGGUUUAGGUGGGUCCGUCCAACAUCAUUUUAACAGCUCUUCUCCACAAAAGGUCGAAUUUUAA